AUGGCUGAUAAGCUAUCCGUGAGUGAUCGUGUAACUAAAGUUUAUCAAGCUGCUCGAGACGGUUCUUCUGAUCUGACUGAUCUUUUAAAGCAGCUGAAAACUGAACAAAGAAAAACCGCUUUGGAAACAAAAACUAAAGAUGGCGGCCAUUUUGUCACUCCUCUCAUCACCGCUGCUCAUAAUGGACACCUGACUUCUGUGAAGUUUCUUCUGGGAUAUGGAGCAGACAUCGAGGCUCGAGGAACGCUUAAGAUAAGGGACCAAGUUAUAGAGGGUUGUACACCUUUGUGGGCCGCUGCUGAGUCUGGUCGUCUUGAUGUUGUGAAGCUGUUAAUCGAACAAAAUGCAGACGUUGAAGGCAGAACAUCGACGGAUUCGACGCCUUUAAGGGCUGCUGCCCACGAAGGACACCUUGACGUUGUGAGAUGUUUGGUUGAGAGAGGGGCAGAUGUGAAUGCACGCAAUCAGUAUAAGGGCACUCCUAUAAUGGCAGCGUGUGACUAUGGCCAUUUAAGUAUUGUUACUUAUCUUAUUAACAAAGGCGCCUUUGUGGAUCUACAAGCCAAAAAUGGCAAUACUGCACUUCACGCCGCUGCUGAAAGGGGUCACUUGGAGACAGUCAGUCAACUUUUGGUUCUUGGAGCAUCACAACUGCCAAAUAAUAAAGGUUUAACACCUCUUCUCUAUGCCUGUGAUAAAUGUUCCAUUGAAAUCGUGGAAUAUCUUAUCAAAAGACCGGAAUGUACAAAGGAACAGAGAAUUGAUGCUCUUGAACUUCUUGGUGCCACCAUUGCCAUUGAUCGACCUUGUGACACUGAGGACAUGAAGAAAGCUUUUAGUUAUAUGAAGCGUGGAAUGGAAGAGAGGUAUGAAGACCUGGCGCACCCAUUGCUUAAAAAGAAAAUGGAACCUGUGGAAGCUUAUCAAAAUAGAAAAGAGAGUCAAACUCUUGAGGAACUUGCUCUGUUAGCGGGUGAUGCUCAUGCUAUCGGCAUGGAAGGACUUAUCAUCAAAGAGAGAAUUCUUGGGUCUGACAAUCCAGAAGUUCGUUUCUCAAUCAGAUACCGGGGAGAUGUUUUCGCUGACAAUAAGCAGUACGAGCUUUGUCUUGGUUUGUGGAAACGAGCGAUGGAGAAAGCCACGAACAACGAUGAUUCAAUAAUAGGAGAUCUUGAAUCCUACUUAUCUGUAUUUGGAGAAAUGCUACAAAACAGAAUACUCUUAAGACCAAACUUCAUUGAAGACGUAUUUGAAAUACUAGUUGCUGUAAGUGAGAAACGGACAGAAAAAUUACAAGAGGGGCAUGGAAACGAGGAGCUAAAAAACACGCUUUAUUAUGCUCUGUAUCUUUUGAUGAUAUACACCAAAGUUAAAAUUCAAAAUGCCAGCAUGAUUGACUGUCUUCAAAGAUUCCUGCGUUUAAACCUUAGUUGCAGUGAUGGAAAUACUCUACUGCACUUAGCUGCGUGGCACGAAACUCCAAUUAAAGAAGACAACGUGCGAAGUGUGUGCAAGCUUCCCUGUGUUGAGACCAUGAAGCUUAUUUUACAUGCAGGGUGUGAUGUAAAUGCCUUUAACAACGAGGGAAAUACACCUCUCCAUCUAGCUGUGACGUUCAAGCCUGCUGAUCCUGAAGAAGUCGUGAUUUUGUCAGAAAUGCUGCUGUUGCUGUUAGAUAUCGGUGCAGACCCGAAGCUGGCAAACAAGAAUGGUCAAACACCACUGGACAUCUGUCAGCCUGACGAGGCUCGUAGGAUCCUGUCCGAGAAAGGAAGACUGAGUGCCAAGGGUGUCGAUUUCAGAGAUGUGAGUUAGUUAUGAAUGUUAACAUAUUAUAAUUCCCUAAAAUCAUUACAGUAACCUGUGUCCCGAAAUGAGAGCUAGUGUUUACUUCCGUGUACGUACGUGGCGUUUUCGUGACGUAUCCAUGACAGCUAGAUCGUGGUUUAGAGACGUUUUAGCAUAAAAAUAAAUAGUGUGGUUUAUAGUCCAUUAAUUGUACUUCGAUAUAAUAAUAUUCAACAUGAUAGCGAGUCUAAGAGGACAGAAACAAUGAAACUAAAUAAACAUGUUUAUUCAUUUUCUUGGUUUGUGUUUCCUACAACUCGCCAUUAUGCUGAAUUAUGGUCUGUUGCUUUGGUACCCUCUGAAUUCGUAAUGUUUUAUUUUCUUUUUUCCCAAAGGAUGGAAAAGUCGGAAGUGGAACUGGUACGAAAAGAGGGAGAGGAGGAUUUGCUCCUAGAACAGGAAAAGACCUAAAUGACAACAAUCAGAAGGCAACUGUAACAAAGGAAAUAUCAGGUAAGAGAAUUAAGCUAUUAAAAGGACACAUUUUGUUUUAA